AUGCGUCCCCUGCAGCGUCCCCGGCCAUCUCCUCCGGCCGAUGCCGGCAUCCGGCUUCCGUGUUCCGGUCCCUGUGACGUCAGGACGUACGGGCGCCGGAACCGGUGGCAAAUUUGAACAUUUUAAAAAUUACAUUUUUUUAAACGAUUAUUACAUACAUUUCACAUACAUUUUGUCCCUACUGCUUUGUCCUGUGCCCUGCCUGCAUUUUGACUGUUCUUUCUGCCUGGAAACUUAGGAAAGUCCAUGGCAUCCAAAAAGCGUCCCUUUAGGUCAAAAUCGGUUUUAGACCGGCUAGAGAACAGCAAUAGUAAAUCAGAACCACUUGCAGAAUUGA